AUGUCUCUGCAACCAAAUCACUAUGGCCCUGAAGAGGCCGCAAAUAUGCUGCUCAACACCGGCAUCGCAAAGGCUUAUCAACGCAUCGAUCUCAUGAUUUCGCGGAACUUCAUCGGCGGAGCGUUGACCUCGGUCGGUGGCAUGAUCACGCUUUUGGUUAAAGGAGGCUGCAACGGAUUAUUAGAAAAGAAUCCUGCGAUAGUCAAUUUACUGGCGGGACUUGUCUUCCCGGUCGGCGCGGUCAUGUCUACUCUAACCGGUGGAGAACUGUCCACCGGAAACGUGCUCUUCUUAUCCGUCGCAUUAUUCCAGCGGAAGAUUCCAUUAUGGAGAGCCCUUUACUGCUUUAUGGUAUCAUUUUUUGCAAACCUGGCGGGCUCUCUAUUCUACCUCCUGAUCGCACACUACGGUCACAUUCUAUCAUACGAGCCAUACCGACAAGGCACGAUUUUAUCCGCCGAAGAAAAAGUGAUUGAUCCCUCGGGCGCCACAGUCUUUGUUCGAGCAAUCGGUGCGAACUGGCUCAUCUGCAUCGGCACAUUCACAGCUCUGCUUUCGCGCACGGCGGUGGCAAAAGUGAUUGCAAUCUGGAUUCCUAUCUUCGUUUUCGUCGCGGUCGGGUUUGAGAAUUCAGUGGCGAAUAUGUUUUUGGUGCCGAUUGCGAUGAUUAACGGUGCGCCGGUGUCGGUGGGCCUGUUUAUAUGGAAAUCACUUAUCCUAUCCACGCUUGGGAAUAUCGUGGGCGGGUUUUUCUUCGUGGCCGGUGCUUACUGGUACAUCUACAUAUUCCCCCAGGUCGCGGCUGAAGACGACGAUAAUCUGAGUAUGGGCAAGGCUCCUGGUCCGCUGCUUCCAAUAGCAGAGGGCCACUCACUCCAGCUUGAUCCGGUCUUGACCCGAAUGUUCACCCGCCAAACGACCACGCGACACUCCACCGCGCUGCCAAAUAACUCUGUGGAGUCGUUCAACCGCCGGAAAUACAUGCAGGACAAGCAAUCAAACAGUCAAGGCUCUGCAAGCGACGAUCCGUCGACUGAUAACGAUCGAACAGCGGUCGGCUCGGGUACGGAUGACGACAAGACCGAGUAG